UCACAUUCAGUACCUUAAAAUUCUUGAAAAAGACACAAACCUCAGCUAAACACACAACAGACAUACUCACUAGUACACAAUGUCUCACCCAAUUUUCCAAUCCAAUGAGAACAGCCCUUACGGAGAAAUGACAAGAGAAGAGUUUUACAAGCAGCACAAAAUAAUUCACAAACAAAGUUUCAUGUUAAACAAACAAAACAUGAAGAUAUUCACACAAUCUUGGCAGCCUGAAUCAACUAAUCAGUUAAGAGGCCUUGUGGGCAUGAUUCAUGGCUAUACGUCCGAAAGCAGCUGGCUUUUCGAGCUAAAUGCAGUAGCCCUGGCGAAAGCUGGUUUUUUCGCCUGUGCUCUCGACCUACAAGGUCAUGGUUACUCAGAAGGCUCACCUGGUUACAUACCAAAUAUUCAACCCGUAAUCCAAGAUUGCAUACAGUACUUUGACUCUGCGCGUGUUGAUCACCCAGAGCUCCCGGCUUUCCUGUAUGGUGAGUCAUUAGGUGGUGCAAUUGCUACACUCAUAUGUCUAAGGCAAAAGACUGUAUGGAAUGGUCUGAUAUUAAGUGGACCGAUGUUUGGAGUGUCACAGAAAUACAAACCUGUUUGGCCAUUGGAGAAGCUACUACCAUUGGCCGCCUUCAUAGCACCAUCUUGGAGGAUUGUGAUCACCAAACCACCUGCAUCUAAAUCAUACAAGGAGGAGUGGAAGAAAAAAGUUGUCUUAAAAAGUCCAAAUCGCCUGGCUUCCCAGAAGCCACCAGCUGCCACUGCACUAGAGCUUCUGAAAGUCUGUGAGUAUAUACAGAGAAACUCUCAUGAACUAGAAGUCCCUUUGCUGAUUCUUCAAGGUGGGGAUGAUAAGGUAUGUGAUCCUGAAGCUGCAAAAUUUGUGUAUAAAUCUGCAGGAAGUAACGAUAAGACUAUGAAAAUUUACCCGGGAAUGGGGCAUCAAUUGAUAGGUGAACCAAAUGAAAGUGUGGAGCUUGUUUUCAAUACUAUUCGGUCAUGGAUUGAGGUGAGAGCAAACUUGACCAAAAUCUAAGAGAUGAUCUUAAGUUAUUCAGAUGUUUUAGACACAUAGUCAGAAAUUCUCUUUUCAUGUACAACAACAUACCCAGUGUAGUCCCACAAGUGGGGUCUGGGUCGGAUAGAGUGUAUGCAGACCUUACCCCUACCUCGGAAGAAGAUAGGCUGUCUCCGAUAGGCUCUCGGCAAAUUCUCUUUUCAUGUAAUAAUAAUAAAUAAUAAAAGCUACUGCAAUUACUGAUAUUGUCUGAGCAGUUUCCGUCCUACUAAAGUAUUAUUCAUUUCAUAAUGAUGUUCCAUAUGCUUAAAUGACGGAGUCUUGGCAUGAUAAUUUUCAAAAGUAACUACUAAUGAGAUAUAAGGUUCUGAAGCAACAUGGAUCCCUCUUUAAGAGUUCAACACUUGGUCCAGUUAUUUCAUUGACUCCUGCAACAAUAGUGAGCUUUUAUUUUGAUUAGCAAUGCCUAAUAAGCAAAAUAACAAAAAUUGGGAAAGAGAUGUACCACAAUAUUCAACUUCACGAUCAUUCUGUUUCAAUGAAUCAGGAUGUUGUUCAACUUGAUGUUACAUAGAGAACAAAGGAGAAUUUGUACGAGUAUAUAUGAGUAAUGAAAUAAAAAAGUAUCUUGUAAGUUCCAACUUAAUGGGGAAAUAACUAAUACAUCAAAUAAACUUGAGAUACGGAAUUACUACUAUAUAGAAGCAUGGGUUAAACCCCAUGCUUCGUCGUCAGUUUUUCACUUAUAAUAAAAAUAAAAAAAAAUAAAAAAAAGGUGUAGGCCCCAACUAAACAUCAACCAUCAACCAAUAUUUAAAAAAAAAAAGUGUGGGCCCCAACUAAACACCAACUAAUAUUAAAAAAAAGGAAAGUGGAACCCUCCAUCUCCAAACUCACGGAAAAAAAAAGUGGAUCCCAUAUUAACAAAAUCCAGCAAUAUAAAAAAAAUGAAUCCCAUAUUAAAAAAAACAAACAAUGUCAAAAAAUCAAAACAAUAUUUAUGUAAUUUUCAAAGUAUCUCAUUAAAUCAAUAAUGAUGGAUUCAUUGCCACCUGCGUAUCAAUCCAUUAGUGGGAGCAA